CAGGGAGAGAGUCUUUGUGGCGCGCGCGCACCGUAUCUCACCCGUUCCACCUUAAGCGCACGAUGCGAGCCAACGCACGCGUACAGUAGCUGGAGCUAAUGUUUCCGUUCUUCUCCAACACGCACACAUAGAACGAGUGUGUGCGCGGCGCGUGCUUUCUGCAGGAUUAAAUAAUCAGGUCGCUGGUUUUGGAACAAAUCUGAAAAACAAAGUUUUCCGUUUUUUUUUUUUUCUGAGUGGAUCAUGUCGGAGCCGCGGUACCGUGAGUGGAUCCUGGACACCAUAGACUCGCUGAGGUCGAGGAAAGCGCGACCGGACUUGGAGCGGAUCUGCCGGAUGGUCCGCAGGAGGCACGGCUCUGAUCCGGACCGCACGUGCGUUGAGCUCGAGAGACUCAUCCAGGAGCACGCGGUGCUCAAAGUCAACUACAAGGGCUCGGUGUCGUACCGCAACGCGGCUAAAGUGCAGCGCGGCAGGCGGAGAAGCGAGCAGGCGGCGGGCAAGAAGUCGUCUUCCUCCACCUCGUCUUCUCCUUCUUCCUCAUCAUCUUCAUCUUCUUGCACCUCCAUCAAGCAGGCUUCACCGGCGGAGCUGCACAACAGCGACAGCGCGCAGGGUCCCGCCGCCGACGACCCGAUGGAGGACAUGGAAGACGAGCUGUCCACCACGGCCGGCAUGGACAGCAGCAUGGACGAGGAGGAGGCCAGUCUUGACGCUCCCUGCAUGCAGAUCCAGAGCUCUGCUGACUCGGGGAUCAGCCUGAGUCCUAUCAUGACCAGCGGCGAGUCAGAGGUGACCCGAUCCUCGCCAACGCCCUCGAAGACCGGCUCUUCGUGCCACAGCACCCCAGAGAAGGACCGAGACGCCGCCCGAGUGUCCCCAGAACGGACACAGCCUGCAUCCCAGCAAGACACGGGAUCUCCGGAGCUGGAAGCGGUGCUGCAGCCAGCAGCCAUCUGUCCCUCGGCCCAGCGGAGUGCACUGACGCGAGAGGAGGAGCCGAGAGCCGGCGAGAAUGCGCUCACUCCUGAUCAGCUGCUGUCUAACUGCAUGCACCAGGACGAAGUUGUGGGAUUAGACCCCCUCGAGGAGGGUAAAAAGUGCAAUAACCUGGAUGACGUUGUUCACUCACAAGUAACGGAAACGGCCAAGAAUGGAGAGAUGAUGAAAGAAGGUUUGUUUAAUGCAGAGGAGAUGACACAGGAUCUCUUAAAGUGGAGCGUGGCGGACGUGGUGAGCUACUUCACUGCUGUGGGGUUUCCUGAGCAGGCUGUGGCUUUCAGAACGCAGGAAAUCGACGGAAAGUCCCUCCUCCUGAUGCAGCGCAGCGACGUCCUGACAGGGCUGUCGAUCAGACUCGGCCCCGCCCUCAAGAUAUAUGAGCAUCACGUGAAGGUGCUCCAGAGGAGCCACUUCCAGGAGCACAAUGACGUUUUCUCUUAACCUCACUCAGCCUUAAAGACUGACACGGACACACAGAGCCGCAGCAUGGGGAGAGAAAGGACUCGCACGUUUGACGUUCCCCCACCUCCGCGCUGGUUUAAAUGGAGUUUGUUCCCUCUUCUUCCCCUCCUCCUUCUCCUGUUCGAGUUUGAGCCGAGGGAAUCCCUCCCCAUCAUAUUGACACUUUCCUUCUUGGAUAGAAGACGCAAUGGACAUCUUUCAUUUAUCAGUAUUGUUUUUUUGUUUUAUUAUGAUUUACACUAUGAUCUCAGUAAUAUAUUUUGUUUGUAAUAUUAUAUUGACAUUUCCUUAUUAAUUUUAAUAUGUAAAGCAGAAAGAUAUAGAAAUGAAAAUGCAUAUGUAAAGUUAGUAAAUAAAUUCAGAUUUCAGAA